CAAAGCAGCAAAGCACGCAGCACAUGCAAAGAUGAGGCAAGAUUGAUGGCUGCUGACCCUCAAAAACGAGUCCUCGUACUCGGCGGCACGCAAUUCAUCGGUGUGCACAUUGUAAGAGAGCUGCUCAAACAGGGCUACGAGGUCACGCUGCUGAACCGAGGCGUGACGCCCUCGCCUUUUGAAGGCGACCCACGCGUGGGUGCGAUACAUGCGGACCGCUUCGAGGACCGAGAAGCUGUCUCAGAAGCGAUCGCGAGCGAAGAAUGGAGCGGUGUGGUAGACACGACUUGCUUCGACGUCGUCGAUGCGUCGACCGUCGUGGAUGCCAUUGCGAGUUUGGAAACGCCACCGCGCUGCGUGUACAUUUCCACGGACUCGGUCUUCGCGGCGUGCGAACGCGUACAGAAAGACUCACUCGUCGAGGCCGACGCCGUGCGCGCCACGUCACGCCAAGCCAUCGCUGAACUCAAGCGCCGCGACUCGUACCAGUAUGGGUAUGGGUCGGCCAAGCUCGACGCCGAGGAGGUCUAUGCGACGAUCGACAGCGUCUCGUUGCGGCUGCCGGACGUCAUCGGUCCCAGAGAUAAUUUGGGAGGCUUCCUGGACCUCAUCGACGCCGUCGGCCGCGGGCGCGUGGGCAGCGCUGUGAAGCACGUCGCGGACGGGAAACCCCACGUCGGCUCAAUCGCGUACGCGCCUGACGUUGGGCGCGCGGUCGUCGCGGCGCUCACGGCAUCAAACCCGCCCAAGGUAUUGCAUAUCGCCUGCGUCCAGCCUGUGUCAGUCGCGGAGCUGGCCGCGCUCGUCGCCGCUGGCCGCGACUACGCCCUCGACGCCGCGCGGAAGGCUCCCCUCUUGACCGUCGACGUGGGCGGGCCCAUCUGCGUCGACGCGGCGCUGAGUGCCCUGGACUGGAGACCGACGCCUCUGGCCGACGCUAUCCGAGAAACGGUCGCGUGGUACGAGACGGCCGAGCAUCGCAAUUAUACGCGCGCGCUCGCCGCGGGGAAGACGCCGGCAGCC